GUUAGUCUCGUGAUGAGAGCUCGUCUCGCGAGAAAACACCGUAGCUUCGCAAAAAUGGAGGUCGGAGGCAACGGUGGUGGGCUAGCUGUAAACAAUAAACAGAGAGCAAUGCUACCAAACAAGAGUAAGGGAGAAUUCACACGCAACCAGAGAAAGGAUUCAGAGGGCCUGUCUGAGACACCAGACCUGGAGUUUGAAUAUGCCGAUACAGACAAGUGGGCUGCGGAGUUUUCAGAACUGUACAGUUAUACUGAAGGGCCGGAAUUCUCUCUCAAUAGAAAAUGUUUUGAGGAGGAUUUCAGAACACAUGUGUGUGAUAAGAAGUGGACAGAGCUUGAUGCACCUCAUCACAGGGCGCAUGCCAUGCGGCUGCUGGACGGACUGGAGGUGACAGCUCGCGAGAAGAGGCUGAAGGUCGCUAGAGCCAUUCUUUACAUGGUGCAAGGAACCUUUGGCGAGUGCAGUUCUGAGGCCGAAGUCCAGCAUUGGAUGAGAUACAACAUUUUCUUACUUCUAGAAGUGGGGACUUUUUCUGCCCUGGUAGAACUGCUCAACAUGGAAAUUGACAAUAGUGCCGCUUGUAGCAGUGCUGUCAGAAAACCGGCCAUCUCGCUUGCUGAUAGCACAGAUCUCAGGGUGCUGCUAAACAUCAUGUACCUGAUGGUAGAAACCAUUCAGCAGGACGACCCAGCUGACUUGGCCGAAUGGAGAAUUAUCAGGGAAACGUUUAGAGCGGAACUGGGUUCUCCCCUAUACAACAACGAGCCAAUUGCAGUCAUGCUGUUUGGGAUGGUUACCAAGUUCUGCAGUGGCCAUGCACCCCACUUCCCUAUGAAGAAGGUGUUGCUGCUGCUGUGGAAGAGCAUACUGUUUACACUCGGAGGGUUUGAGCAACUUCAAACCAUAAAGGUCUAUAAGCGUGAGAAGCUUGGUCUUCCACCUUUGCCGGAGGACAGCAUUCGGGUCGUACGCAGUAUGAGAGCGGCUUCCCCUCCUGCCUCAGCCUCCGACCUCAUAGAGCAGCAACAAAAAAGGGCGCGACGUGAACACAAGUCACUGAUUAAACAAGACAACCUGGACGCAUUCAAUGAAAAGGACCCUUACAAGGCGGAUGACAGCCGUGAGGAUGAGGACGAAAAUGAUGACAAUGACAAUUCAAUGGAAGCCGAGACUUUCCCAUUGGAAAGGGAUGAAGUUAUGCCUCCACUCAUCCCUCAUCCUCCAUCAGAGAGGGUGUCCUUCCCCAAAGGGUUGCCGUGGGCCCCUAAAGUCAGGGAAAAGGACAUUGAAAAUUUCCUUGAGUCGAGUCGAAGUAAAUUCAUAGGUUACACACUUGGAAGUGACACAGACACCGUUGUUGGCUUACCCAGGCCCAUUCACGAGAGCAUCAAGACACUAAAGCAGCACAAAUAUGUCUCCAUAGCUGAGAUUCAGAUUGCAAAGGAGGAGGACUUUCAGAAAACACCAAUAUCAGGGGGAGAAGAGGAAGUGGAGAUGUGUGCCACAGAGUUGCUCUAUCAGGGAAUCCUACCCACAUUACCUCAGUACAUGAUCGCUCUGUUAAAGAUUCUCCUUGCGGCAGCUCCGACGUCUAAAGCCAAGACUGAUUCCAUCAACAUCUUGGCAGAUGUGCUGCCGGAGGAGAUGCCGACCACUGUGUUGCAGAGCAUGAAACUCGGUGUUGAUGUCAAUCGACACAAAGAGAUCAUUGUGAAGGCAAUCUCUGCCAUCCUACUGCUGCUCCUCAAACAUUUCAAACUUAAUCACAUCUACCAGUUUGAGUAUAUGGCUCAACACUUAGUGUUUGCCAAUUGCAUCCCCCUCAUUUUGAAGUUCUUCAACCAGAACAUCAUGUCUUACAUCACAGCUAAAAACAGCAUCUCAGUGCUGGACUUUCCGUACUGCGUGGUACAUGAGCUCCCUGAAUUAACAGCAGAGAGUUUGGAAGCGGGAGACAACAACCAGUUUUGCUGGAGAAACUUGUUUUCCUGCAUUAACCUUCUGAGGAUCCUCAACAAACUGACCAAGUGGAAGCACUCAAGAACAAUGAUGCUGGUGGUCUUCAAAUCUGCUCCCAUCCUGAAGAGGGCGCUCAAGGUGAAACAAGCCAUGAUGCAGCUGUAUGUCCUUAAGCUGCUCAAAGUACAGACCAAAUAUCUUGGACGCCAGUGGCGGAAGAGCAACAUGAAAACUAUGUCGGCCAUUUACCAGAAAGUCCGACAUCGGCUUAAUGAUGACUGGGCCUACGGAAACGAUCUGGAUGCACGUCCCUGGGACUUUCAGGCCGAGGAGUGCGCCCUACGUGCCAACAUUGAACGCUUCAACAGUCGCCGUUACGACAAAAAUCAGAGCAACCCGGACUUUCUUCCAGUGGACAACUGCCUGCAAAGUGUCCUGGGGCAGCGGGUGGACCUGCCCGAGGAUUUUCAAAUGAACUAUGACCUCUGGCUGGAACGAGAGGUCUUCUCCAAACCUAUUUCAUGGGAAGAGUUGCUGCAAUGAGAAACCAGGUUCUUUUUUUGAGGAUCUGACUUUUAUGUGGCAUUCAGGUAACCCGUCACCAUGACACUAAUUGAACAAUUGUGAUCAAUGAAUUUGGUCACAUGUUACUGGUUUUGUUUUUCAGUCAGCAGUGUAGCCGCCAACAAAUUAUUUAAUUGAUGCUUUAAAGAGUUAGCCAUAUAAUAUGUUUAAAGAUGCGUAAUAUGUUUUUGUAUUUAGGUUCCGUGAGAUGCCACCACUCUGAUGCAAACAUACAAAAGCAGCUGUGUCUGUGGACCCGUACUUUUAUAGCUAGCUUCCUGUAACAAUAUCUCAAUACAUACUUACCCUUUUUAAAUACAUUUAUGUGAAAUAAAUGUGAGUUUUAACUGUACAACUCAGGCCGCAGAGUGGGAACUUUAAUUAGAUGUUUUACAACAUUUUAGUAAACAUGACAUUCUGUGUUCACGAUAGAUUUCAUUUUAUCAGAGUGAUAAAGGGAUUUUUUUUAACAUGUACAUUCAUGCAUAUAAAAUACACUGCUCCAAAAAAUUAAAGGAAAACUUUUUAAUCAAGAGUAUAAAAACCUAUCAGUCAAACAUCUGGCUCAGUUAAGUUGCAAAGGGGUUUGCUAAUUAGUUUUAGUUGUUUUUUUGUUGUUGUUAAUGAAAUCCACAAUUGUUGCAUCAGAGACCAACAAUGGGACGGCCCCCAAACAGAAAUCGUUUGUAGUGAUGCAAUUCCUGGAAGAUGACGGAAUUAAUACCAUUGACUGGCCUACACGUUCACCUGACCUAGACCCAAUAGAACACUUCUGGGACAGAAUGUUUAGGUCCAUCUUCAACCACACAAACUAGUGAGAAUCAUUUUGAGUUGCUGCAACGACAAUUUGGAAAAAUGGACCAGUCUGCUGCAUCAUUUUUUGCCUUUCAUUUUUGGGAUGUGUUUGAUUAACCCCUCUAUAUGGUGAUCAGUUUCAUUUCUAUCAAAUUAUGUGUCAAUUUGUUACUAAUACCUCACCUACUCUUUAUCAGAAAAGAUAUUCAAGAUAACCCCGCCCCAUUUAGAUCUGCUGUGUUUUUGAAGUGUUCCUCUUAAGUUUUUUAAGCAGUGUAUAUUUUUAGUUAUUUUUAAAGGGGUGGAAGUAUGUUUACAAAUUUUCAUUUGUUUUGAAUUUCUUACAUUUCUUAUAUUCCACAUAUAGUAGAGGCAAUCACAGGGUCAAAGGACACAACAAAUAUAGCCUAGAUUGAAAUAUGCUUUGUUCUUUGGAAAAUAUAUCAAAUUUUCCCUCUUGCUUUAUUUAUACAGUAGGAUACUUAAAGGUUUAUGAAAGUAUGCUAUUUUUAGGUUGGUUGCAUCACUCACACAAAUAAUUUAAAAAGGAAAAAAAAUAACAGGUCACCCAUUUUGUUUUAUUCUUUUUGCGGACUAUUUUGUUGGUUUUAUAAAAAAUGUGUCAAAUUAAAUUGUUUUACUUUACUGUCAAUCCUGCAGCAUUUUAAUCCAAUAAAAAGCCAAUAAAUAUUUACAAAUUGUAUUCCUGGG